GCAGGGCCGACGGCGGCGCCGGCGGGAGCAGCGACUCCGGCAGCUCCAGGAACUCCAGCGCCGAGACGCAGGAGCAGGAUCCUCGCCGCGACCGCGCUGGGCGCCGCCCUCCGUCCAGCGGGAGCAGCAGCGGCUACGGCGCCGUCUCGUGGGCGUCGCCAGUCGGCCCCGACAGCCCUGGGGUCCCGACCCCGGCGGCGAAAGGGUCACGGAAGGGUGCUCCAGGAGGCGCCCAGAGGGACGCGGCCGCUGGCGGUCGCAGCGCCCACGAGCCUCGCCGCCACGGCCAGGAGCCCGGCAGCAGCUCCGCGGCUGGCACCGCCACCCUGGGGGUGACCAGCCUCAAGGUGAACAACGUGCCAAGGUACAUGGACCAGGGGGCGCCCCCGGCAGCCAGGAGCUAUGCCCGCACAUUCGCGACGAGAUCGACUUCUUCUACUGCCCUUGGGACGACAGCAGCGGCAUGAACCGGGGUUACGUUUUCAUGAACUUCAUGGAUUUCCAGCGCGCUAACGCAUUCCAGUACACAUGGGCCAACAAGGAGAUCCGGCAGGGAGACGCGAUGACGCGGAUCCGCAUACAGAAGGCGAAGCCCCAGGGGCUGGUGAACAGCGUGAAGUUCUUCUCGGACGCGGGGGCGCUCAACCAGGAGCUCUGCCACCGGCCCCUGGUGCGGGACGCCGGAGGCACCCUGAAGCCGCUGUACGCGGAGUCGUUCGAGCUCCCUGCGGGGCAAGGCGGCAGCUGGCUCUUCGGGCAGCCGGGCUCGCGCGGCAACGGCCACGCAGGCGCGCGCACGCGCGGGGGAGACGCGGGCGGCCACGGCCCGGCGCCCGGCGCUGGCCUUUGCGCGUGGCCGACGCCGCAGCAGGGGGGCCUGGACUACGGCGUCGGCGCCCCGCUGCAGCCGGUGUGGCCGGUGCAGGCUGCUGGAGAGGCGCCCGAUGCUGACGCGGGCGGCACCGUCGCCACGGCCGAGGGCGGGCAGAUGCUUCCUGGCAUGGAGGUCGCCUACAUGAUAAUGCCCAUGGAGUACAUCAACUCGGGCUACAACUCGGGCUACUUCCCGACCAUGGUCGUGGCGGAUCCUUCGGGUGCGACGCGCCUCCCGGCAGCCCCAGCGGUAGCGGAGGCUGCGGGCGGCUGGCUCGGCAGCGGAGGCACAGCGGGGGGCUGCGAGCGGCGGGGUGUGGGCUGCAGAGUGCAGGGCGCACCGCGCAGUCUUCUCGGGCAGGGGAGCGGACAGCGAUGAUGGCACGAGUCGCAGGACAGAAG